CAUGGCUGCGUUUAUAGUUUUUUCAAUUUUUGGCGAAAAUUUCGUCAUAAAAACCUAAUUUCCUUGCAUUGUUUGACAGAAAAAGUUAGACUCUGAUAAUGAAAAUGAUAAAAAAAUGAUUGCGGUGUGGGGAGAUAAGUUGCUGUUGUGACUGUCUGGCGAAAACAACCUGCAUAUGUCUCUCGCAGCACAAGAAACGAAGGUUAUGCAACACAGUAGUAGCGAGGUUUAGAAUAAUAACGUGAACGUGUACUUUACCUGCGUGGUCAUACUAUAGAUUACAGAUGUUCACUGUCCAUGACGGGAGCUAUAUAGAACAAUACCCCUGUUAGAAGUUCUGACACAACAGCUGCGUGGUUGAUUGAUUCCUAUUCACAAAGACAGUUGAGAUAAACCACAAAAAAAAGAUGAAUGAUUCUACUGAUGAAAUUGGUGGAGGUGCAUCCCAAAGUUCUGAUUCUUUUUGUGAUUCACCUGUGUGGGAUGCUGCGUUGACUUGGAACACAUCCACCCCAGACUUGACGCCCUGUUUUCAGAGGAUCGUACUGACCAGUAUACCAUGUAUUUACUUCUUGUUGUUUCUCCCACUACAUAUUCACGUCAUACGUAUGAGUAAAAGGCAGGCUAUUGGACAUUCAUGGCUGAAUAUUUCACAGACUGUUGUGACUUUGAUUGUUGCUGUGCUUGCCCUGGCUGAUAUGUUCAGAGCUGUCCAUGAACACACUGCACAGUGGAAAUUUGUCCCAACUGUUGACUUCGUGGCUCCCCUGUCUCUUUUCAUUGCGUUUAUUGUAUGCAUUGUGUUGACCCAAGUUGGACGCUUGCAAGGGAUCCGAUCAUCUGGUGUUCUUUUCGUGUUCUGGUUCCUGCUGGCUACCUGUCAUCUUUUCAUAUUGAUCUCAAAAUGUAGGAAUGCUGUGAUUCAGGGUUCUGUUGAAGAUCUAUUCCGCUUUGUGAUAUUUGUGUUCCAUUAUGUUGGGGUGCUUGUCAUGACGGUGCUAUCAUGCUUCGUGGAGAGAGUCCCAGUCAAGACAGGUUUGGAUUCUGAUCUGCCGCCAUGUCCGGAGUAUGAAUCAUCCUUCAUAUCUCGAAUAACGUUCUGGUGGUGUACAAGUUUGAUUGUGAAGGGUUACAAAUCUGCCCUGGAGAGGAAGGAUCUCUGGAUGUUGAACGAUGUAGACAAAUCUUCUGUCGUCUUGCCCAAAUUUGAAAAAAAUUGGAAUGAAGAAAUGACACGGAGUCAGAAGAGCAGGGCAAUUAACGAACCGACUAAAGAGAGUGCUCCCAUGAAGCCCAUGUUAGCAGAAAAUAAAGUCAAAGUUGUCAAUCCCAAGCGACAGUACGAGCCGUCAUUGCUGAAAUCCCUCGUCAAGACAUUUGGCCUUUAUUUUGGUUCCUCUAUAUUCUUCAAGCUAGUCCAUGACAUUAUAAUGUUUGUUCAACCACAGUUACUGAGGUACAUGAUCAAUUUUACUUGGGAUCAGAGUCAGCCACAAUGGAAAGGUUUCCUCUAUGCCUCGGGGCUGUUUGGAGCUGCUCAAAUACAAUCAUUGGUUUUACAUGCAUACUUCCACCGGUGCACAGUCACUGGAAUGCGGCUGAGGUCAGCGAUAGUGGCUGCUGUCUAUAAGAAGUCUUUGAGAUUGUCUAGUGCCUCAAGAAAGGAAUCAACGGUGGGAGAAAUUGUCAACUUGAUGUCUGUUGAUGCGCAACGCUUCAUGGAGCUCACGACAUAUCUUAACAUCAUCUGGUCAGGACCUCUGCAGAUCAGUGUCGCCCUCUAUUUCCUGUGGCAGAUCCUUGGCCCUUCAGUCCUGGUGGGAUUGGCCGUCACUGUUCUUUUGAUCCCAGUCAAUGGUGUCAUUGCACACUUUUCAAAGAAACUACAGGUGACACAGAUGAAAAACAAGGAUGUUCGAAUCAAGUACAUGAGUGAAAUCCUGAAUGGCAUGAGGGUGUUGAAGCUGUAUGCCUGGGAGCAGUCGUUCAUGGACGUGGUGCUCGGCAUCAGAAAAAAGGAACUCGAUGUCCUCAAGAAGCAGGCGUACCUGAAUUCAGUGUCCACAUUCACGUGGAAUAUUGCUCCAUUCUUGGUCUCUCUCUCCACAUUUGCGGUGUACGUGAUGAGCUCUCCGGACCACGUCCUGGAUGCAGAGCGAGCCUUCGUAUCGCUGUCUCUCUUCAACAUCCUCCGCUUCCCACUCUUUAUGUUACCGAUGAUGAUCUCCACACUCGUACAGGCCAGUGUUUCCUUGAAGAGGUUGCUCAAGUUCCUCAAACUUGAUGAGCUGGACUUGUCAAGUGUGUCCAGAAGUUCAGGUCACAAAGCAGAACAUGCCAUCCGUAUUGAAGAUGGAUCAUUUUCCUGGUCACCCGGAGAGGAAGCUAUCUUACACAACAUUGGACUCAAUGUGAAGCCUGGAUCCCUGGUUGCUAUCGUUGGUCAAGUUGGUGCCGGAAAGUCAUCGUUGCUCUCAGCGGUGUUGGGAGAGAUGGAGAAAAUAUCAGGAAAAGUAGAUCUACAGGGUUCCAUUGCCUACGUCCCCCAACAAGCUUGGAUACAGAACAGUACAUUUGAAGAGAACAUAUUAUUCAGCAAAGACAGGUGUAAAGUGCUUUACCAGCAAGUUAUAGACAGCUGUGCAUUGGGGCCGGACUUGGAGAUCCUAAGUGAUGGUGAUCAGACGGAAAUCGGUGAAAAGGGUAUCAAUCUAAGUGGCGGGCAGAAGCAGAGAGUAAGCAUGGCCAGAGCUGUGUAUAAUGACGCUGAUAUUUACUUGUUAGACGACCCGCUCAGUGCUGUUGAUGCUCAUGUCGGGAAGCACAUGUUUGAAAAGGUGAUCGGUCCACAGGGGAUGUUACGGGGCAAGACACGUCUGCUUGUUACACAUGGCAUCAGCUUCCUGCACCAGAUGGAUUGGGUCGUCGUUCUCGGUGAUGGACAGAUCAAGGAGGAGGGGACAUACAAGGAUCUCAUGAUGCAUGCUGGGCCAUUUGCGGAAUUCAUUAAGAAUUACUUAGCUGAAGAAUGUGCGGACGAGCUGGCUGUGGAAUUCGAUGAUGACGCGAAAUCAUUGAAAGACGAAUUGGUGUCAAAACUUAGUCUAUUAUUUGAAGGAUCUCAAGACGUGCUGAAGAUAAAAGAGAAAAGCAAGUCACAUCAUGCUCUCCAUAAUGGCCUCACAGCAUCGAAUAGCAGUUUGAUUAAUAUGCCACUGGAUGUACAGUUUAAAACACAGGGGAAGUCGAGGUUGAGGAGGAAAAGUUUGUCGUGUGCCGAUAUCAAUCAACGUCAUCCUAGGUUUAACUUUCUAGUGAAUGGAAGUUUGUCUAAUCUGAGGGGCAUUGGGAGUCAGACGUUAGAGGUCGCUGACCUCGGAGCAGACGAGGAGGAUAAACUCGAGAGCAAGGAAGCAGAGAAGUUGAUCAAAGCUGAGAAGGCUGAGACUGGCAACGUCAAGCUGACUGUGUUCUUCACCUACUUCAAAGCUCUUGGCAUUCCUGCAUCAUGUCUCAUCGUGCUUCUCUUCGCACUGACCCAGGCAGCCAAGGUCGGAGCAGACAUCUGGCUUAGUGACUGGAGUAAUGAAGUGGCGAGAAAUAAUGGCACGAUGAGUGAAAGUGCACGUGAUAGACGAUUGGGAGUUUAUGGUGCUUUCGGAUUCAUUGGUGGUGUUCUAGAGAUGUCGUCUGCAUUUAUAAUGGCGUACGGUGGUUUCAUAGCUUCAAAGUUCCUCCAUAAGAAACUUUUAGAAGCUGUGUUCCUCGCCCCGAUGCAAUACUUUGAUGUGACCCCUAUUGGUCGCAUCAUGAAUCGUUUCUCUGACGAUUUAGCAGAGAUAGAUUUUAUCGUGCCUUUCACGGUGAGGUCGACGAUCAAUGGUGUCUUAGUCAUGAUAGCGACAAUAGUGGUCAUAUCAUAUACGAUUGCCAUCGCUAUGAUCUCAAUACCUCUGCUGCUUGUUCUAUACAUUCCUAUACAGCGGUUUUAUGUUGCUACUUCAAGACAGUUGAAACGCCUUGAAUCUGUCAGCCGUUCUCCGAUUUACUCUCAUUUCGGGGAGACAGUUACCGGUGCUACAGUCAUACGAGCCUUUGGUCAUCAGGAGCGGUUCAUCCAAGAGUCACAUCGACGAGUCGACGAAAAUCAGAUUGCUUACUAUCCGAAUAUCGUCUCAAACAGAUGGUUGGCCAUCCGCCUGGAACUGGUAGCCACAUUGGUGGUGCUAUUUGCGGCCAUCUUUGCCGUGCUUGGAAGAGACCAUCUCAGCCCUGGAAUUGUUGGACUCUCCAUCACAUAUGCACUCAGUGUGACGCAAAUCCUGAACUGGAUGGUGAGGAUGUCCAGUGAACUGGAGACAAACAUUGUUGCAGUCGAGAGAAUCAAAGAGUACUCUGAAACAGAGACUGAGGCUGCAUGGAGUAUCUGUGAUAAGAAACCAAAGGAGGAGUGGCCGCCGAGUGGUGAGAUAGAAUUCAAAGAUUACAGCGUGAGGUAUAGGGAGGGUCUUGACCUCGUCUUGAAGGGAAUCAAUGUACAUAUACAUGCAGGAGAAAAGGUUGGUGUUGUUGGUCGUACUGGUGCUGGGAAGUCGUCUCUUGUGAUGGGUCUAUUCCGUAUCCUGGAGCCGGCAGGAGGCACCAUCCACAUCGAUGGGGUCAAUAUCACGGAUAUUGGUCUCCAUGAUCUCAGGUCAAAGCUGACUGUGAUUCCACAGGAUCCGGUUCUUUUCUCUGGCACUUUGAGGAUGAAUCUGGAUCCAUUUGAUAAGCACACUGAUGAAGAAGUCUGGAAAGCUCUGGAAUAUUCUCAUCUGAAGAACUUUGUCAACAGCUUGUCGUCUGGUCUGCUGCAUGAGGUAUCGGAAGGAGGUGAAAAUAUCAGUGUUGGACAGCGACAACUCGUAUGUCUCGCUCGAGCUUUGUUACGGAAAACGAAAAUCCUCGUCUUAGAUGAAGCCACUGCGGCCAUUGACUUGGAGACAGAUGAUCUCAUUCAGUCGUCGAUAAGGACCCAGUUUUCAGAGUGUACCGUCGUGACCAUUGCUCACAGGAUCAACACUGUCAUGGAUUACACAAGAAUACUUGCCCUGGAGACUGGUGAGGUGAAAGAGUUUGAUUCACCUACGAAUCUUCUCAAAGAUCGGACCUCCCUCUUCUAUUCGUUGGCCAAGAGUGCUGGACUUACUGAUUAACGAUUUGGAGACUGGAAGGGAUUUAUCUGAUAGAAUGACUUUGGAAUAAGUGUAGUUGUUGUUGAUGAAAAACUUCCUGCUGUUGAUCUUUGAUAUUGUGAUCAGUAAUGCAAAUUGACAUACGUAGGAGGAAUUUGAUUUUAACAAAAAACAGGGUCAUUUUCUUGAUAAUUUUGUUGACUUUUGUAGAAUAAAAAAUGAUAACUCAUUUGUGCAGAUGUACUAUGUAUAAGUUUAUUUGAAAGCCAUUCAUAUAUUGGCUUGAUAUUGACUCAAAUAGAUUUGAAGCAAUUGUAAUGUGUUCUUCUGUGAUGUUAGGUCAAAAUAAGCUGACUCUGGGCAUUAGACUUGAUGCAUCAUCUUCACUUUCCAAGACACUGUUGCUUCAUAUUGUUUAGAGGCCUGCUAUAAUAUAAGCAGUUCAAGACGUGUAUCAUGCGCAUUGACAAGCCUUGUGUUGGUGGGUGCCACGUGUGAAAUAAAUGCCUUGUUGUGAAAUGCUUCUCUGGAAGCAGGCCUUACAUGUAAAUGUUCAAUUUUGUCGCUAUUACAUUGAUGUUUUUGUUGUUAAUCAUGUGUGUUUUGUCUCCAGCAUUUAGCUGAUAGUUCCUGUUGUUUUGUUAAUGUGCAGUGCAUUUCACAUAGGAGGCUUUGUCAGAUUAAUAUUUGUUGAUUAACUUCAUUGCAGAAACAAUCGCUGCCAUUUUAUUUCGUUUGAUCACAACUUUUGCAAACUUUUAGUAUGGCGUUUUUGGCUCACCAUUAGGGGAGUCUAUAAAAUAGCCCUGUGUCCGUCGUCGUCGUCGUAUCCUGUUUGGACCUACAUCAAACCUAACACUACAUGACACAAUACCAUGCUCUUCAUCCAUCUUUCCUCCACAUGAGGUGAGCACAAUGGCCCUGGCCAUUUAAUUAAACAUUGCUGGCUAUCAAUUUCUUUCAAUUUUCAAAAGGUUGCAGUGUAACUCGCUUUGAUUUUUGUUGGUCAUCUGAAAAUAAUCUGAAAAUGUCCAAAAAUAAAUGAUUUAAAUGCAGUUUAGAGGUGGUGUUUGUAACAUGUGUGUUGAUUUUGUGUGAGAUUGUUGAUUGUGUAAUCAAUGUAAGAAUGGUGAAGAAAUGAAUAAAAAUUGCG